AUGAUAACAUUUAGCAUCUUUAUACUCGUGGCCUACUGUCAUAUGCUGAAAGCAUUUACUGUUACACUUACCAAGGACCUGUAUAUCGUUGAAUAUGGCAGCAAUGUGACAAUUGAAUGCAAAUUCCCUAUAGAAGAACGUUUAAACAUGCUUUCAUUAAUUGUCUACUGGGAAAUGGAUGGCAAGAAAAUUACUCAGUUUAUGAACGGGAAGGAAGACUUGACCGUACAGCACAGUAACUACAGACAGAGGGCUCAUCUGUUAAAAGACCAGCUGUUUCUGGGAAAGGCUGCACUUCAGAUCACAGAGGUGAAAAUGCAGGAUGCAGGGGUUUAUUGCUGCUUGAUCAGUUAUGGCGGUGCUGACUACAAGCGGAUUACUUUGAAAGUCUACGCGCCAUACCGUGAAAUAAAUCAAGAAAUUUCCAAGGAUCCUGUUACCUCUGAAUAUGAACUAAUGUGUCAGGCUGAGGGUUACCCUGAAGCUGACGUCAUCUGGACAAGCAGUGACCACAGGGUCUUAAGUGGCGAAACCACCACCAUCACCAGUUCCAAAAGAGAAGAGAAGCUUCUCAAUGUGACCAGCAUUCUGAGAAUCAAUGCAACAGCCAAUGACAUUUUCUACUGCACUUUUCGGAGUUCACCAGAUGAGGAAAACAGAACAGCUGAAUUGGUCAUCCCAGAACCACUUGUGAUUUCAGAACAUCAAAGGGCUCACUGGAUAAGUCUGGGAGCUGUCCUGUUGUUGCUCCUUGUAGCCGUGGCAGUCAUCUGUCUAAAGACAAAUGUGAGAAUGGCUGAUGUAGAAAACUGUUGCAAUCCAGAUGUCAACUCAAAGAAACAAAAUGAUACACAAUUUGAAGAGACAUAGUCCAGCAUUGGAGCUUCUGAUCUUAAAAUAGGGACUUUCAGCCUGUAGUUUGAGCUCAUCAAGGCUGAGCACGAACAGCCAUCGGAAUGCCAGCAGGCGGCAGAUGAUGUAGAACUCAGAAUGAAAUUCUAGCUUCUGAAAAUAGUACCACCUGGAAAGAAAAAGGAAGAGAACAAGGAAAGAAGUAGAAAGGCUCGCCUAAAGGACUUCUUGGUCCUU